UCGACUGGUUGAUGAUACAGUAGAUACAGCCGCGGCGGUUAGAACUGCCAGAACCAGCCAGGCCGUUUCUCCAACUGGAUUGAUAGGGGUAUGUUCGUCUGACUCUCUUGAGCUGUCAAUUACGUCUUUGCUCAAAAUUGACUGGGGCCUGAUAAGUGCAGGUCGGGCUGGGUUCCGGUCUCAUCAUGCACAGCAGGGAGGAUAGGGAUGCGGGGUAGGGUACCUUACGUCCGGGUCUUCGGAUGGCUUUGGGGACUGGUGGUUUUGCUCAUUUGAAUGAUAGGGGAAAGGGGUAUAAAAGGGUGUGGUUCCCGAAUCUUGGAGGAUUGAUAUUUCUUGAGGAGCUUAUUGUCGAUCCAUUGAACUGAAACGUUGAAACGGAGACUCGAGGUAAACGCACCUGGUGGGCAAGAUGGGAAAGACUGGGAUCCGGACAGUGUGCAAGGUCGAUUUCGACAGGCCUGCUUCAGAGCAGCCAUAUCUGCAUAACAGAUGGCAUCCUGAUAUCCCAUUCGCGGGCAUUAUCAAGGACGGGGAGACAGUCAAGAUCGAGUGCCUUGACUGGACCGGCGGCCAGAUCAAGAACGAUGACUCGGCCGACGAUGUCAAGAACGUCGACCUUACCAAAGUUCACUACCUCUCCGGGCCUUUCGAGGUCGAGGGGGCUGCCCCAGGCGAUGUUUUGCUGGUCGAGAUCAUGGAUGUCCAGCCGUUCCAGGACCGGCCCUGGGGGUUUACGGGGAUAUUCGAUCGGCGUAAUGGAGGAGGCUUCCUAGACGAGAUAUAUCCUUCCGCUGCAAAAGCAAUCUGGGAUUUUGAAGGCAUCUACUGCACCAGCCGGCACAUACCGCACGUGAAGUUUGCCGGUCUCAUCCACCCCGGCAUUCUCGGUUGUGCCCCAUCUGCUGAGGUGCUCGAGAAGUGGAACAAGCGCGAAGCCGAGCUGAUCGCGGCAAACAAGCUUGACCGUGACGUCGCUCUUCCGCCGGAGCCGCUCAGCGUCCAUGCCGGGAGCGCAGACAAGGACUUGACAGAGAAAGUCGGCCGCGAGGGCGCGAGAACCAUCCCCGGACGGCCCGAGCAUGGCGGAAAUUGCGACAUCAAGAAUCUCUCGCGUGGCUCAAAGGUGUAUCUCCCUGUCCACGUUCCUGGCGCCAAGUUCUCGGUCGGCGAUCUGCACUUCUCGCAGGGCGACGGCGAAAUCUCGUUCUGCGGCGCUAUCGAGAUGGCAGGGGUCAUCACCAUCAAUUUCAAGGUUAUAAAGAACGGCGUCGCCGACCUGGGACUGAAGAGCCCCAUCUACAUCCCGGGCCCCGUCGAGCCGCAGUUCGGGCCGGGACGGUAUAUCUACUUUGAGGGCUUCUCGGUCGAUGAAGCUGGGAGGCAGCAUUACAUGGACGUAACAGUAGCCUACCGCCAAACCACUCUCCGCUGCAUCGAGUACCUGCGGCGGUUCGGCUACAGCGACUAUCAGAUCUACCUGCUGCUGUCGUGCGCGCCAGUCCAGGGCCACGUGGCCGGCAUCGUCGACAUUCCCAACGCGUGCACCACGUUGGGCUUGCCCAUAGACAUCUUUGACUUUGACAUUUCGCCAUCGGCGGCGCUGCCCGUCAAGAAGAUGAACAUGGGAAGGUGCGCGUUCGAGACGGGCAGGACAGAGGGCGUGGCUUGUGGGGAAUCUGGGAAGAACAGCCAGGUUAGCUUUGGGGGUGGGUUGACGUAUAAGGAAUGAGGUCUCUGUUUGUUUUGGGGGAAGAUGGCUGUCCAUGCUGGACUCUUUGCUGGAUGCUGCCAAUUGUCGGUGGAAGGGAAAUCCUUGGAAUGCGAGCUAUUGGGGAUCAUCACCGUUUCAGUGGGAGGGGAAAUAUGAAGAUGCUUAGAAGCGACAGUCUAAACCAGGUCUGGGUGGCCAUGUCCUUUCCAUCACGGUGCCGGAGGUGCCUGCAAGACAGGAGCCAUCAGUUAUGUUUCCUAACUAAAUACUACU